AUGACUUCGACUUCCUAUUCUUUGGACCUGAAUCAGACAGGAUUGACCACAAAGACGGUCAUAACUACAGUAGCAGCAGCUGACCCGCUGGUCAGUGAUUUCGUGUACAACCUUGUAUCCUAUGUCAUUUUGAGGUCAGUGGUCCAGGUCGUUUUGAGAGUCUUGGGAAUCUGCGCCAACGUCAUCAACAUUUUGGUCUUUCUGAAAGCUGGGCCCGUGGACAGCGUGACUGCUGGGUUUCUUGGCCUCGCUGUGGCUGAUUUGUGUUUUCUUAUGAUUUUCCUGGCUUCCAUAGCGUUGAUUAUCAUGGAUAAAAGCUUCACGGUAUACUCCUAUAUAGACCUCAGCAGCCUCAGUUUUGUCAUCUCAAUGUACCCCAUCAUGUUCGGAGAUGUUUCUUACCUUAUUACCACCUACCUCGCCAUCCAGAAGGCCUGCUGCGUGGCCAUCCCUCUUCGCUUCAAGAACGUCUUCACUCGCACGCGCUCGAUCGCCGUGGUUGUCUCUACGUAUGUCGUGGCUUUGGUUUAUUACUGCCCGAUCUUUGUGUCCAUGGCGCUCGAUCUCCAGCCGUUUCGCUCCACGAAAAGCAACUCGGUCAAGCUCUAUUUGCUUCUCUCCCCUUUCACCCGGGAGCUGCUCAGACUAUUUCGUCUGGUCAACAAGACCAUAAUUCCCUUCGCGACGCAGUCUAUCGUCAUACUCUGUCUCGCCUUGCUGACCACCCACCUGAGAAGAUCGUCAAAGUUUCGCCAAUCUAUGAAAGCACCCAAAUCGUCCAACGCAAAGGGAGGAAACACGGACGUUGCAGACGUCAAAGGUUUGCGCGCCAUUCAGUCUGUGACCUUGAUGUCAGCCAUUUUUGUUGCCUCCAACUUGCCGGACAUUUGCAUUAACAUAGCCACCAUGUUAGUUCCAGAGUUUAAUGACCGGAAGUUCUUAAAUAACUUGUACUGGGUGGUCGAGGAAAGUAGUAACAUAUUUCCAAUAAUUAACUCGUCAGUUCUGAUACUCAUUUAUCUGAAAUAUAAUUCAGGCUACUAUAAACAGUUCUCAAAGAUAUUCAGAAGACCGAGUGAAUUAAAGAAGGUUAAGAUAUAA